UCUCCUGUAGCCGCUCAGCGCCGCACGUUGCUAGUUAGUUGCAAUGUUGUAGCUAUUAGCACGAUAGCCGUUCCUGCGCUGGGAGGGAGACCCGACGUUCACUUUAAUAAACCUACGGCUGAUUCUUACUCAUUUACAGUCUGACCAGCUGCUAGCCAACAGAAAUUAUUCAACAGACUACUCGUUAGCUUGUUGUCUUGUCUUCCUGCUAGCCCGCUAGCUUAUCCAGCUUGCUAGCUAGCUAGCUAGCCGCUAGCGUUGUACCGUCUCCUCCCAGUGACAACCGUCUGCUGCCCGGGUGGAGGACCAUGGCGAUGAGGCAAACUCCUCUCACCUGCUCCGGUCACACCCGGCCUGUGGUGGACCUGGCCUUCAGCGGAAUCACUCCUUAUGGCUACUUCCUCAUCAGCGCCUGCAAGGAUGGCAAGCCCAUGUUGCGCCAGGGAGACACAGGGGACUGGAUAGGAACGUUUCUGGGUCACAAAGGCGCUGUCUGGGGAGCCACUCUGAACACAGACGCCACCAAGGCAGCCACCGCCGCUGCUGACUUCACAGCAAAGGUGUGGGAUGCAGUGAGUGGAGACGAGGUCCUCUCCCUGGCACACAAACACAUCGUCAAGACUGUCAGCUUCACUCAGGACAGCAACUGUCUGCUGACUGGCGGCAAUGAUAAGCUGCUGCGCAUAUAUGAUCUCAGCAAUCCUGAAGCAGCACCGCAGGAGAUUGCAGGUCACACCUCAGCCAUUAAGAAAGCUCUGUGGUGUAACAACGACAAGCAGAUCCUGUCAGCUGCUGAUGACAAAACCAUACGGUUGUGGAACAGAAGCUCCAUGGAGGAGGUGAAGACGCUGACAUUUGACACGUCAGUGAGCAGCAUGGAGUAUGUGGCUGAUGGAGAGAUUGUCGUGAUCACAUAUGGAAAGACGAUUGCUUUCUACAAUGCUUUGAGCUUGGAACUGAUCAAGACCGUGGAGGCCCCGGCUCCUAUCAACUCAGCCUCCCUCCAUCCAGACAAAGACUUCUUUGUUGCCGGUGGAGAGGACUUCAAACUCUACAAAUUUGACUAUAGCACUAAAGAAGAGCUGGAGUCCUAUAAGGGUCAUUUUGGCCCCGUCCACUGCGUUCGAUUCAGUCCGGAUGGGGAGCUGUACGCCAGUGGCUCCGAGGACGGCACGCUCCGGCUGUGGCAGACGGCGGUGGGAAAAACCUAUGGGCUGUGGAAGUGUGUCCUUCCUGAACUUGGAGGAUCUGCUGCUAACAUCUUGCCUGAUACCACAGGACACCUUCAGACGUCUGUGGAUGGAGUACAUGCCUUGAUGGAGGACCUUGGGGCAGAGAACUCUGAGCAGCUGUACACCCCGACCCCUGAGAUCAAAGCCUGAGAACAAAGGGCUACCGUUUGGAAACCAGAUGAGAAAAAAGGUAGAAGGAAAGGAGAUGAGCGGAGGGGUGCUCCAGUGUGUUCUAUCAGGCCCAGCGAGGAGCAGAGUCCAGAGCAUCUCCGUCCAUCAGGAAAUGAUGUGGAUGUUAUGACUGUCCUGUCAUAGACCAACGAUCACACACCCACACACACAUUAACAUCACACACUGAUUUAGAGUCAUAUGGACAGUAUGGGCUGCAGAGUAAAGCAGUAGAGCUGUGAGUGUCGCUUCAUCGCUGCCUGCUUUCUCUCUGAUCAGCCCAGUUCUGUCUGCUUAAACUUAUUUUAACUUCCCUCUAUACCAUGAACCCCAAACGACAUGAUUCAGUUUUGGUUUCAAAAAGAAGGUAUUUAACGAGCUGGACCAACGCAUAUGUUUUCAGUUCAUAGUUACAAGGAUACUGGAGGUAGUUGCACAGUUUGUGCAAAAGUUAAUACGCCUUCAUUUCUUCCAAAAGAGAAAACAAAAAGAAACAUUGCUUUGAGUAUUUGCUUGUGUUGUACUGGUUGAGUAUAUGAAGUUAUGUGUUCAAAUAAAAGAAAAUAUUGUUUUGUGACAAAGUGGAACAGAAAGAAAUGUCACUGGGUUUUUCCAAUUUGGUUAUUGUCUUCAUUUGUGUCCAGUGAUGAAAUAAAUGCAUUUCGGUUUUAUUUGUAAGUUAUGCA